CAUUUUAAUCUUUAAUACGCGCAAGCGCAUGCGAUCAACGAACUUACUUUGCUUGCAGCUCUUAUUUGCAGCAGUCAGUCGCCAUUCAGUUUGCGUAAAGUUUUCAUGUAAGCUCGACAAGAAAAUGCUGUGCAACGAGCAUUAUAAAGAUGACAUGAUUUACGUCACACAAUUAACGAGAAAUAUUUCGAGCUUACUCGGAAUCUGGCCUGUUUACAAAAGAAGAGCUACGAGCGAAAAAGUUUGGAAGUACUUUUUGAUCUGUAUCUCUUAUGCUCUUCUCCUGUGGGUCCUGAUUCCCGGUGCUCUCUUCUGGUUGAUUGAAAAAAGGGCACGCGUCAGGGUUCGAACGAUACCUCUGCUUUUCUAUGGUAUCAUGGCCUGUAGUAAAUACGGCACACUGAUAUACCAUGAAACGAACAUCAGACGUUGCUUGAUGCACAUUGAGGAAGAUUAUAAGACCGCGAUCAAUGAGAAAACGCGAGCCACAAUGCUCGAAUCCGCGAAGAUCGGACGACGCUUAGUUACACUUUGCGCGAUCUUCAUGUACGGUAGCGGCCUCUUUUUCCGAUCAAUCCUGCCGUUUGCCAAAGGAAAAAUCGUCACUGCGCAAAACAUCACGAUCAAACCUCUGCCUUGUCCGGCUAACUUUAUUGUUUUUGAUGCACAAGUCAACUCCGUUUACAAACUGAUUUUUGCAUUACAAAUAUUAUCCGGGUUAAUCACUUUUUCGAUAACAACAGGUUUAUGUGGUCUCGCAGCCGUUUUUGUGAUGCAUUCCUGCGGUCAACUGAAGAUUCUGGUGACUUUGAUGAAAAAUCUCGUCGAGGAGCAAUGGCAAAAGGAACAGGAAGUGAACAGAAAGUUGGCUACAUUGGUACAACAUCAAAUAAGAAUUCGAAAUUUUUUACAAUUGGUGGAAAAUACUCUGCAGCAAGCGUGUCUAUUAGAAUUGUUUGGAUGUACAAUGAUACUCUGCCUUCUCGGAUAUUUUAUAAUAAUGGAAUGGGAGGAUAGCAAUUUGAUAGCUAUGUGCUCCUACUUUUCAACACUUACAUCUAUGUUGAUAAACAUGUUUAUAUUUUGUUACACUGGUGAACAACUUACUGUUCAGGCAGAGAAAGUAGCUAGAACGUCUUGCAUGCUCGAGUGGUAUCAUCUUCCGAACAAGGAGGCGCGUGGGAUUGUAUUGGUGGUUAUAAUGUCAAACCUGCCUCUCAAGAUCACAGCUGGAAAAUUUAUGGAUCUAUCACUCAAAACUUAUGGUGACGUAAGCAUGUUCAAAAGUAUUUACUUAUUUUUUCAGAAAUUAAUCGACAGUAAUUGUGGCACCACAAGUAAAUCAAUUAUCUAGUAGUUGUCAUUAUCAUCAUAAUGUAAUGGACGUUAACUAAAUAUAUUUUUUUUAGUCAGCAAAUCGUAGUAGUGAAAUCUAAUUAAAAUCAUCACAAAGUAAUAAGUGAAUAACUGCGAGAUAUUGUGCUUGUUUUUCAGGUUGUAAAAACAGCUGUAAUGUAUUUUAAUAUGCUUGUGAAAGUAACCGAUUGAAUAUUUCUACCCAUAUCUUUUUCUCAUUGGAAUUACGAUUAUGAACGCAUCGUAAUGAUAACGUCAUAUGCUGAUGAUAUAGAUGUAUCGAGUACAAAAGCUUGGUAUGAUGUACAUAUAAUAUACCUAUAUAUAUAUAUAUAUACAUAUUCUUGUUUUAGACACAUUUCUUCUGUAUAGAAAAAUAUGUAAAAAAUUUUUGUUUUUAAUUAAUUUCUCACUACAAAACUGUAUCUUAAAACUUCAUAGACACAGUUUAAUAAUUAAUUAUCUAAUUACUAUUUGAUCUUUUUAUAAAUUUAUAUAAAAUGUAUUUUUGUUUUAAUGCAAAAUAAGAACACAUAUUAGAAGAUAAAAGUAACAGAAAUA